ACCAUGCAACAAGCAGUGCUCAAGCCUGAUGUUCCAGUGACAGCGUUUCAAUUCAUCAAGGAUACUACAGCAGAUGUUGUCAAACACAAGCGUAUUGCUGGAUCUUCAAAAGCCGCGAAUGCCUCAGGUCAUGUCACUCCACCAAAAACAAUCGCCGACGUUGAUGAGUGGGACGACGGAGGACUGAAUGAUGACGACUUCAUCCGUGCUGAGCCCAAGGAGGACGACUUCAUGGAUGUCGACGCUCUUGACCAAACGAUAUCUGCUCCACCGAAUGUUGGGAAGACCAAGAGCAGGAACAUCACUGUGAACACUGCUCAAGCUCCACAAGAACAAAGACUGGAGAAUGGUAACUUUGCCUGUGCCCACGCAUGCAAGGACAAGAAAGCAUGCAAACAUCGAUGUUGCAAGGUCGGGAUGGAGAAAAAGCCACGGCCAAAACCUCCAAAGCCCAAAGACAGCGAGACUCGAUCCAUUGCAAGCAAAAGCAACAAUACGUCCGAGUCAUCGAUGAAGAUGCAGACUAAAUUGGACCUUCCUAUCAGGAAGAAAGGAGGUGAGGCUGUCGAACACCUUGAUCUGUCCCAAACGAAGGAGUCCCGAAAGACCAGGGUGCCUGUCGCGGCCUCGAGGCUAGCGAGUCUACAUGACAAGACUACAAGGUCCAGCGAGAUACCCAUUUUAGGAACGGCUCCUGCUAUUUGUACGACUCCAGUCUCCGGAGGAUACACAAGACCAAGAUUCAUCCGGACUCUUAGUCCUAUGGAUCCCAUUGACGAAAUCUUCGACGAGCCAGAACUUAUUGAGCCCUUCGAGACGCAUGAAGAUCACAACGAAGAACUACUCACAGACGACGAAGAAUACCUUGACAGAGACGAGGAAAUGCUAGAUGCGGCUUUGGUAGGCUUGGAAGAUUCACAAAGUCUUCAAAACUCGGAUGAAGUCGUGGAACCUACGGAGAGACAGGAAAGCCAAGGUAUGCUGGACUCUCAGACAGACCAUCCCGAGGAAGAAGACGGCCAGCCAGAGCUGUUCAUGACGCCACAUCAGGCGAGAGUCAACGUCUUGCCAGAAGAGUUCGAAGAUGCAGUAGCGAUGUUCAGCCAGAGCAGCGACGACAGCUAUGCAGCGUCGCUGGACACGAGUGUUGUGAAACGCAAACGCGAUGAAGGCGUACCAUCAGCCUACUUUUCAGCAAAGAAAGUCAGAAUAGCCAGCCACGAAGCAGCACAGAGUCCUAAGGAGCAAGAAGAUGAGGUGAGUGGAGAAAGUGAGGAAAGAAAGAAGGAGCGAGAAGUGGAGGAGCUGCGAGCAUGGUUGGCCGCAGAGUUCGGAGACACGGUCGAGAUGGUUUGAUGUAACAAGGAGAGGUCAGAAAGCGAAGCAAGGGUUGCUCGGGUGCAAAGCACG